UAAAACAUAUAACUUAUUCAGUUAUAAAUGAAUAUGAAAGUAUAAAAUAAAAUGUAUCCAUAUCUCUUCCAAAAAUUGUUUUUAUUGCUGCCACUUGCAUAUCAGCCUCCAAUAAAUGAAGAUGGUAGCCUACCCAAUGCAGACUGGAACUUUGUCCAAAACGGUGCAGAUUGGGAAGGCACAUGCGCGACGGGCCUCAGACAGACACCUAUUAAACUAUCAGUGGAUAGUUCACUCAUCGUUCCGCUACCACGAAUUUUCUUUGGAAAUUAUGACGAAAGGCUCAAUAGUCCGCUGACAUUGAUUAACAAAGGAUACACGGUUGAAAUGGCCAUACCGGCAACAAGCAAUGGAAGGAAGCCUUUCAUUACAGGAGGGCUACUCAAGGGGCAAUAUGUAGCCGAUGGCGUCCAUUUCCAUUGGGGAUCGCCUGUAUCACGUGGAGCUGAGCAUUUGAUAGAUAGGACACGCCAUGAUGUGGAAAUGCAUAUUGUGCAUCGAAAUGUGCGCUAUAUGAACAUCGCUGAAGCUGUAAAUCACGACGAUGGCAUAGCGGUACUGGGAAUUAUGUUUAAGAUAGUCAAAAAUCCAGAUCGCGUGUAUCCUGGCCUAAAAAAAAUAUUUACUGCACUCCCAAACGUAGUCGAAUAUCAUAGCGAGGCUGAGCUGCUCGAGUCUCUUACCCUCGGCCAGUUAUUGGGUGAUUUGAAUACGCGCGAAUUUUACACCUACAAGGGUUCGUUGACCACGCCUGGUUGCAACGAGGCUGUUAUUUGGACGGUGUUUGUUCGGCCUUUGCCCAUACCGUUUUCAGAUAUACAUAAAUUAUGGCAUCUUCAAGACUCAAAUGGAAAUCCUAUACGAAAUAACUAUCGCGAACUUCAACCGCGCAACAAUCGUCCUGUUUUCUACCGCACCAAUAAAGGUAUGAGUGACUUCUAACCUGGCUAGUAAAGUCAGACCAUAGAUUGUUAUUAUAUAAGUUUGUUUUUCUAUUUAUGUGCAACCACAAACUGGCCGGCAUUUUUGAUUUACGAAAAAUACUUUUUUUCUG